GUUGCUAUAAAAGGUGCUCUUUAAAUCUCGGUGUUCACUCCACAUUGGGAAUCUCAGUAGUAACCAUGUGGUCUCCGCUGUUCCUCUGCAUCCUCCUUGGAGGAGCUGUCUUGGCUGAUUCCAAUCAGCAGCAGCAGCAACAUGCCUGGAAAAGUGGUAGCGAGUACAAGUACCAGGUUCAGGGACGCACUCUUGCAGCUCUGCACCAGGUCGCCGAUCAGUAUACCGGUAUUUUGAUGAAGGCUCAACUCACCGUGCAACCAAAAUCCGCCAACUCUCUCCGAGCCAAGAUCUCCCAGGCUCAGUACGCCCAGAUUCAUACGGAACUUCCGGGUGGUUGGGAAUCUCAAAUUCCUGAGAAGAAGCUCAACUACAAAAAGUUUCCUUUGAGCGGAAAACCCUUCGAAAUCAAGCUGAAAAAUGGAGCGAUCGAUGAUCUGAUCGUCGACGGAAGUGUCCCCAACUGGGAGGUCAACGUACUCAAGAGUAUUGCCAGCCAGUUGCAAGUCGACACUCAGGGUGAAAAUGUCAUGAACUCCAAAUACAACCAGGAAGCCGAAGGGGAUCAAGCCUUUGCAACUUACAAGACCAUGGAAGACUCCGUGACUGGAAAGUGCGAAGUUCUGUACGAUAUUUCGCCUCUUCCCGACUACGUUCUUCAGAGCAAACCUGAACUCGCUCCUCUUCCUCAACUUCGCGGAAACGGACAGAUGAUCGAUGUUGUCAAAUCGAAGAACUUCAGCCACUGCCACCAGGACAUGACUCAUCAUUAUGGUUUCAACGAAAUGAACGACUGGAAACUUGGUACCAACGACAACGGAGAAUUCCUUUCGAAAUCAUCGGUGAGUCGCGUCAUUCUUUCUGGAAGUUUGGACCGCCACGUAAUCCAGUCAUCUGUUACCACUAACAAAGUGAUAAUGAGCCCCCAACUACACAACGAACAAAGUGGUAUGGUGGUCAGCAGAUUGAAUCUCACUCUUGCUGAAGUCAGCGAACCAUCAGACAGUAUCUCUUCUCCCAGCAACCCUGAAUCUACCGGAAAUCUUGUCUACCGCUACCAACCGAGACAGAGUGGCGACGAUGAAAACGACAGCUCAAGCUCCAGUUCCAGCUCCAGUUCAAGUUCAAGCUCGAGUUCAAGUUCAAGUUCAAGUUCAAGUUCUAGUUCAAGUUCAAGUUCAAGUUCCAGCAGUUCCGAUAGUGACUCUAGCUCCAGUUCCGACUCGAGUUCCGAAUCGGAUUCAAGUUCCAGUUCCAGCAGUUCCAGCGAGGAGGAUCAGAAUCAGAAGCGUAACAAGCGAAGCGCCAAUAAGAACAAUGACAGUGACGAAGAAGAAGACCUAGCCAACGCUCCCGCUGAUGAUAUAUUUGAUAUGAUGAGUGGUGACGAUGGGAAAUCCAAAAGGAAAGUUCUCGAAGCCAAUGGAGUAAACUGGCUCAAGAAGGCUGCCCAGGAGAUCGGUCAGGAUCUUCAAAAUCCUAGCAGCAUUCCCAAAGAACAAACCCUAGACAAAUACGAAAUUCUGGUCAGCUUGAUCCGCUCCAUGAGCGCCCAAGACAUUAGGAAGGCUGCAUCCAGCUUAUAUCAACCUGCCGAUAAGACAAACUCAAAAAGCCAGAGCGAUAGCGCCCGUAGAUCAGCCUGGGCAGCGUUCCGUGAUGCCGUAGCUGCUGCCGGAACCAGUCCAGCUCUCCUCAACAUCAAAGAAUGGAUAGAACAGGGUAAAAUCCGAGGAUUGGAAGCCGCAGAGAUCGUCAGUUCUCUUGCACAAGCCAGCCGAGGACAGAGUGCAGAGUACAUCGAGGCUUUCUUCUCAAUGGCCACAACACAGGCUGUGACCCAGCAACGUUUCCUGAAUUCCGCCGCAAUCCUUGCAUUCACCGAGGCGGCUCGUUUAGCUCAGAUGAGCAACGACUCCGCGCACAACCCCUGUUCAGUUCACGGAGGCGCCGGAUCUUCCUCAAAGGGCAAUUCACUCGUUGCUCAAAAAUAUCUUCCUUACCUGACUCGCGAACUGAAAUCUGCCAUCCGGGCGGCCGAUGCCCCCAAGAUUCUCGUUGCCAUCCGAGCCCUGGGAAAUCUCGCCCACCCCCAGAUGCUCGCCGUCUUUGAACCCUUCUUGGAAGGUCGCGAGGAUGUUUCAGACUUCCAACGUCUGGCUAUGGUCGUCGCCAUGGACAAACUCAUCGAACUCCAUCCUAAACUCGCUCGCUCUGUGCUUUACAAGAUUUACCAAAACACCGGCGAAGCUUGCGAGGUCCGUUGCGCCGCUGUCUUCCAGCUUAUGAAGACCAACCCACCUGCCAGUAUGCUCCAGCGGAUGGCUCAUUUCACCAACUGGGAUUUGAACAGACAAGUGAACUCUGCUGUCAAAACUGCGAUUGAAAACGCUGCAGAACUUGAGAACGAGGAUCAGAGCGAACUCGCUGAGAACGCUCGUGCCGCCAGAGAUAUGCUCAGUCCGAAAACUUACGGACUUCAGUACUCUCAGAGUUACUUGAGGGACUACGCCAUCGAGAAAAUGAACCUUGCGUACCAACUUUCGGCCCUGUCUAUCGGAAGCGAAGAUCACAUCCUUCCUCAGGCUAUUUUGUCUAGGCUGGAGACCAACUAUGCCGGCUACAACGCCCCUGCCACGGAAAUAGGAUUCAUGGUAUCGAGCAUCGAUGACUUGACCAACUUCGUGGCCAAGCAAAUGGAUGACGGUGACAAUAAUGCACAGAACCAGAAGGAGAACCGAAACCAGAAAAAACGUGGGAACGCUAAGGCUUCUUGGACACCGGAGAGAAUCGCUAAAUUGUUGAAGAUCGAAUCCAACGACGCAGAGCAGAUCGAAGGACAGAUGAUCUUCAACAGUAUGAACAGCCACCGCUUUAUCACUUUUGAUAAUCACACCAUCGAGCUCAUCCCCAACGCGAUCAGAAUGAUGGCCGCAGCUCUGAGGCAGGGCCAGAGCUUCAACACCACGAAAUUCUGGAACAGACGUAUGACUUUGAGUUUCCCAACUGAAAUGGGUUUCGCAUUCGUUUACGAUAUGAGAAAGCCGACCCUCUUCAAGGCUGGCGGAGAAGCUCAAGCGCGCAGCGAUCCCGACAUGUCUCGCGGUUCGCGCAACGAGUGGCAGGUUCCAUCUACCGUCAAUAUGACCGCUGAUAUUCACGUCGUCUACUCCCAACAGAUCCAAGCUAAACUUGGAUUCAUGACUCCGUUCGAUCGUCAGUCGUACAUGGCUGGUGUCACGACGAACUUCCAGGCCAAUCUUCCGAUUCGCGUUCACGUGGAUCUCGACAUGGAGAACGAUCAUGUUCGCGUUAAACUACAGCCCAUCCAGCAAAACCGCGACUACAAUCUGAUCCACAUCAGUACUUUACCUUUCACCACUAAAACUGACUACGAAAGCAUGAGCCCCCUCGCUCUUGACAAAAAUACGCGGUCCGUUCACACCAGGAAAGCUUCUCAGAUCGAGCACGUUUUCGGUCAGGAAAGCACUGGGCUUGUUUUCCGUGUUAAAGGAGCGUCGGAAGAAGACCCUCGCCAGAGCAUGUGGCAACAGGCUUACGAACACGUAACUAAACAUGACUUCGUAUCCGCCUUCGCCUUCCCACUCGCUCAGCAGAGCAUAGUUUACAAAAGUUACGAUUUGAUCGUGGACUCUGAACGCAGCGAUGCCAAUGCCGUCGUAAUGACCUUGUCUUGGAACAGCGAGAGGUCCGAUAACGCCAACGAGAAGGGUAAUCGUAAGCACGAUCAAUCAGCUUCUCGCAAAGUACCUCAGCCGUCCACCCAAAAACCUGACAGUCAAAAACGUCAGAAGGAAAUUGAAGAUCAAGCAGGUGAAGGUAUCCAAGACGCCGAUGUCUACUCCGUGGACAUUGGAGUCCAGUUCCAAGGAAAGAGCAACGCCCAGUACGUAGCAACGGCUGCUUGGGCUCGCAGCAACACCGACGAGAAGUCUCGCUUUGUCUUUUACCAUCACAAGAACUCAGUUCAGCAGAAGACUUACGAAAUCUGCCUCACUGCCGAAUCUGAACAACCGAAUGUACCCGAACUCAAUGCCGUCAAGGCUUUGAAAGCUGACGAAAGUAGCAAGGUCUCGCUCGCUGUCCGUUUCGGUCAACGAUGCCAAUCCGGAGCCAAGGUCAUGGUUCAAGGUAAAUUGCAACAAAGCGAAGAACUCGAGGCUUACCUCCGUCAAAAUGAAAUGGCUCGAGUAUGCAGCGAACAGAUGGAAGAGGGUGACAAUGCUCUUCCCGCUUGUCGCAACAUCACCGCCCGCGCCAACCAAAUGGACCAAGCUCAUUUCACCGUUAUGUUCGAGAACGUGCCGGACAACGCCAAGAACAUGACCGUCUCUGCCUUCAGGCUAGCCCAGUACCUCGCCCAUCCCAAUGCCUGGGAAAAUAUGAUCGACCCUAAAAACCAAGAAGCUAACAGAAUGGACAUCGACGUCAACUUGUCCGAGGACUUCCAAAACCUCAACAUUUCCAUCAACGCUCCCCGUAUGGAUGCCAACUUUACCGAUGUUCAGAUGGCUGAUUGGGUUCGUCCCAUGUUGGCUAUUCAUCCAUCCCAAUCCGCAUCUGAACGUCUUGCGGAUGAAGCUAUGGGCGGACAAUUGAAUCCUACCUGCGUCUUGGACAACAACUCUGCCAACACCUUCGACAACAAGACUUACCCAGUCGAGCUCGGAAAAUGCUGGCACGUAGUGAUGACCACUGUACCCGAGGAAGACCCUGACAACGACAACGAGGAAUUAGAGAUCCCAGAGAAUAUGCGCAUCACCGUGGUUGCCCGUGACGUCAGUGAAAAUGCCAAAGAAGUGAAACUCACUCUUGGUGAAGACGAGAUCGAAUUUUCUCCCUCCCAAUCAUCGCCCAAGGUCCAAGUUAACGGAAAGCACGUUCAGAUUUCGAAAGACCAGAGCUACACCGAGAUGGACGAUGACAACGAAGAGGUUGUCUUCGAAAUCUACGGACUUCCCGAUGACACCGUAAAACUCUCUUCGGACGAAUACGGAAUCGAAGCAGUCUACGACGGUUCUCGCAUGAAGAUUUCGGUCGCCCAAAAAUACCGUGGCUCUAUCCGCGGUCUGUGCGGUACCUUCAACGGUCAAUCAUCCGACGACUUCACUUCACCUCAAAAUUGCAUCCUCAAGAGGCCCGAGGAGUUCUCAGCCAGCUACGCCUUGACGGGUGACCAGUGCAGCGGUCCAGCCAAGCAAAAUGCACAGAAGGCUCAGGAGGCUUAUUGCGUUCGAAAGAUGACCCUUUUGGGUAAUGUUGUCAGCGAACAGGAGGCCGGACGUUCCAAACAGCACAAGCACGAGAACGCGGACAGACAAUCCAAGAAACAGAGUAGCCAGAGUUCGAUGAAAAAUCAAAACUCUCGUCCUCACUGGACCCACCGAACGAAAAUCGUUCAAGAAGACGGACAGACUUGUUUCUCUUUGAGACAAGUCCCGGCUUGUGCUCCAGGUAGCCACGCUGUCCACCAAAAGCAAAAAUCCAUCCAGUUACAUUGCGUGCCUAACGGUGAAGCUACUUCGAAGUACGUCAAACGAAUCCGCGAUGGCAAGGAGGAGGACUUCAGUAGGAAAUCAGUUUCCAAGACCAUCAAAGUCAACGUCCCAACGGUCUGCGCUGCUUAGUUAUAAUCCAACGAUCUAAAAUUAUGAGAAUUUAGUUAUUAUAUCAACUCUUGGCGAUAAACCCCGUGAUUUUAUACCGAAUAGAAAGAAGAAAAAAUUAUCACAUUGUGCUCUAAAUUAUUACAGUCGUAGGUUUUGUUUAGAUUAACUUUUAAUAAAAUCACAGAAUAUGCAUUGAU